AUGACGAUCAGAGCUAGCAGAUUCACACCUGAAGUGCUCUUGGAAGCACCCCGCCGUUCGGAAGGCGUUCCUAAUUCUAAUGCAUCAAGAGUUUUAUACUCCGUCUCGACAUACAGCUUCUCUGAGCAUUCGAAAAAAUCUGAGAUCCGUGUUCUGGAUUCAGCAAGCCAACAGACCAGUCUCGUCACAGAUGAUGCAUCCUUCAGCGAACCUUCGUGGCUAGAUGAUGAAACCAUAUUACUAUUGAAGUCCCAUGACGAUGGGACUACAAACAUAGUCGUUGGAUCUCCAGACAACUUCGAGAAGAGCAAACACACUGCUGGCACGAUACAAGGACCAGUAAGCGACUCCAAGAUCUAUGCUCUUGGUGGUGGCGUCUUUGGUCUCGCUGUCGUUGGCAAAGCCAAGCCAGAUGGCACACUUUUCAACCCAGAGAAGGCCGAGAAACCUCACUCAUCAGGCAAGCUGUACAAGUCUGGGUUUGUUCGCCACUGGGAUCAUUACGUGACAGAGAAUCGGAACACGAUAUGGCUUGGCAAGCUUCAGCAGAAGCAAAUGGAAAAGUCUCAUGUCUUCGAGCUUGGACAUCCUCUAACGAAUGCGCUGAAAGGGACGAAGCUGGAGUCACCAAUCGAACCCUUUGGCGGAAAAGACCACUUCGACAUAUCGAAAUACGGUCUCGUGUUCACAUCGAAGGAUCCUGAUCUUAAUCCCGCGACACACACGAAAACCAACAUCUAUGUUUCCGCAUCUGACAGCUUCUGGGAUGAUCUCCAUUCAAAAGACAUACCAGAAAUCCAGAAGGCUACCAUCGAAGGCUUUGAAGGUGCCAGCACGUCUCCAGUUUGGUCAAAUUCGCGCGGUAUGAUCGCGUUCCUUUCCAUGAAGACUGAUGGGUACGAGUCAGACAAGAACCAACCGUUCAUUAUCCACGAUUAUAAGAAACCGUCGCAAGUCACUCUGCUCUACGGUUCUGAAGAUGGCAAAGGAAAGUGGGACCGAAGCCCACAGUCUAUAUCGUGGAGCCCCGACGACUGGCGCCUCUACUUUACCGCAGAGUCACAUGGUCGUGGAAACCUGUACAGCGCCGGGCCUCCUAAUCCAAGCGGAGAGAAGGAGCCUCUUCCAUCGCUUCUUGUAAAGGGGGGAACGAUCGGCUCUGCAAAAGUGCUCAAGAAUGGCGACGUUUUCGUGACUUCGACUAGCUUGAUUGAAAACUCACUAUACUCACUCGUCCCUCUAAGCACUCAAAGUAGCGAUACGGCUGUCUACGAUCUUCCUAUUGACGACAGACCGUAUGAUGCGGAUCCUGAUCAUCUGACAACUAAAUACAUCUCUUCGAACACGCGUUCUGGGUCUAUGUUUGGUCUGUCACGCCACCAGAUCGAUGAAAUCCAUUGGGACGGUGCCGCAUCCGGCACCAAGGUCCAUGCUUGGGUUGUAAAGCCCAGCAAUUUCUCGUGCAAGAAAAUUUAUCCGCUCGCCUUUCUCGUUCAUGGCGGACCGCAAGGUGCAUGGACUGAUGGGUGGAGUACGCGAUGGAAUCCUGCCGUAUUCGCAGAGCAAGGCUACGUUGUUAUUUGCCCGAACCCUACUGGAAGCACAUCUUACGGCCAGGCCUUCACAGAUGCCAUCCAGGGCCAGUGGGGUGGUCUGCCGUACGAAGACCUUGUGUUGGGCUUCGAUUACAUUAAGCAGAACGUCAAUUACGUUGACACAAAACGUUCCGUUGCCCUCGGUGCCUCUUAUGGCGGGUAUAUGAUGAACUGGAUUCAAGGACACCCUCUCGGCCGCGAAUUCAAGGCCUUGGUGACCCACGAUGGUGUCUUUAGCAUGUCCGGCCAGAUGGCAUCUGAAGAGUUGUACUUCCCUUUCCAUGAUAUCAAAGGCACACUCUGGAACAACCCGGAAAACUGGGCCAAGUGGGACCCGUCCAGGUUCACGGAAAACUGGGCCACACCGCAGCUCGUAAUCCACAGCGAAUUGGAUUAUAGGCUAACGAUCAGUGAGGGUUUGGCGGCAUUCAACGUGCUGCAGUGUAAAGGAGUAGAGAGCCAGUUCUUGACGUUCCCAGAUGAGAACCAUUGGGUGCUGAAGCCCGAGAAUGGGCUCGUUUGGCAUAAAGUUGUUUUGGACUGGAUCAACGAGCAUGUCGGAUUGGAGAACCCAUUACCCGCCACAACAAGGGCCACACGAGUCGCCGCCCGUCAAGUUACCGGAUCUUCUUUCGCGACCCAAAAACUGACGAGAGAUCGCUUGCGCCACCCCAUACCCGAUCGUCAUCGAAGAAGAGGCGGCAACGCCUGCGGAGCUCUCAAGAUGCCGAAGAAAGCUAUCGACUCCCGUAUACCGGCCCUUAUUCGCAAUGGCGCCCAGGAAAAAAAGCGUAGCUUCUUCGUAGUAGUUGGCGAUCGCCAGAAAGAUGUCAUUGUCAAUCUCUACCACAUCCUUCUGAACGUGGAUGUCAAGUUGAACAAGUCGGUGCUGUGGGCGUACAAGAACAAGCUACUAGGAUUUUCAAGUCACCGCAAGAAGCGCGAGAAGAAGAUCAAGAACGAGAUCAAGCGUGGGAUCCGCGAUGUCGAUACCGAAGACCCGUUCGAACUAUUCGUCUCGACACAGAAUAUCCGAUACGUCUACUACAAGGAAACCGAGAAGAUUCUGGGUAACACAUACGGCAUGUGUAUUCUGCAAGACUUCGAAGCGCUCACGCCGAACCUACUGGCAAGGACGAUAGAGACGGUCGAAGGCGGAGGACUGGUUAUAUUGCUGCUAAAGGGCAUGAGCAGCUUGAAGCAGCUAUACACAAUGUCCAUGGACAUUCAUUCAAGAUAUCGGACCGAGGCUCACAGUGACGUGGUAGCGCGUUUCAAUGAGCGCUUCUUGUUAUCACUUGGAAAGUGCGAUAGUUGCUUGGUUGUCGAUGACGAGCUGAACGUGCUCCCCAUCUCAGGUGGAAAGCAUGUUAAGCAGCUACCGCCACCAGAUGCAGAGUUGGAGGGCAAGACACCCAAGGCGAAAGAGUUGGCCGAGAUCAAGGAGUCGCUAGCAGACUCGCCUCCAACUGGAGACUUAGUCAAGCUCGCGAAGACUGUAGACCAAGCGAAGGCGUUGCUGACAUUCGUGGAGGCUAUUGUCGAAAAGACGCUUCGAAGCACCGUAACCCUGACCGCGGCCCGUGGACGUGGAAAGUCAGCAGCUUUGGGUGUUGCAGUGGCAGCAGCAGUAGCGCAUGGAUACAGCAACAUCUACAUCACAUCACCUAGCCCGGAGAACUUGAAGACUCUUUUCGAAUUUAUUCUCAAGGGAUUCGAUUCCCUAAACUAUGCAGACCAUCAAGACUACACCAUCAUGCAGUCUACACAACCGGACCAGAACAAAGCUAUCGUAAGAAUCGAGUUACACCGCCAACACCGGCAAGUCAUCCAAUAUAUCAGACCCGAAGAUUCGCAUGUCCUAGGACAAGCGGAACUCUUGGUAAUUGAUGAGGCUGCAGCAAUUCCUCUACCGCUCGUACGGAAACUCAUGGGUCCAUACCUGGUUUUUAUGGCCUCGACCAUCAACGGAUACGAGGGAACUGGUCGUUCGCUCUCUUUGAAGCUCAUACAGCAACUUCGUGAGCAGUCGCGAGGCAAGGGUAGCAAUGGCUCGACUUCCGUAGUAGACCGUUCGACUGGAAAGGAAACAAAGGACGCUACAGAGACAUCCAUGACCGGCCGAUCUCUCCGAGAAAUUACACUAUCAGAACCUAUUCGAUAUGCCCAAGGUGAUUCUGUCGAACGGUGGAUGAACGAUCUUCUAUGUCUCGAUGCAACAUUACCCCGAAGGUCGAUUACCCAAGGAUGCCCUCACCCGGACAAAUGCCAGCUCCUUCAUGUCAACCGCGAUACCCUCUUCUCCUACAACCCUGCUGCCGAGAAGUUCCUUCAGAAGAUGAUGGCGUUGUACGUAGCUAGUCACUACAAGAACACGCCCAACGACCUCCAGCUCAUGUCAGAUGCACCUGCACAUCAGCUCUUCGUACUCACUGGACCUACCGAGGAGAACAAGCUCCCUGAACCUCUCUGUGUCAUCCAAGUAGCCCUUGAAGGCCAAAUUAGCAGGGAGAGCGUGUUGAACAGCCUGAGCAGAGGACAACGCGCGGGCGGUGAUCUGAUCCCUUGGAUCGUUUCACAGCAAUUUCAAGACGAAAACUUCGCCAGUCUUUCAGGAGCUCGUAUUGUGCGAAUAGCAACUAACCCAGAGUAUGUCAACAUGGGAUACGGAUCAAAGGCGCUACAGCUUCUUGUUGACUUCUACGAUGGCAAGCUUGCCAGCUUGUCGGAAACCGAGCCCCAAGAGGUGGAACAGAUGCGAAGAGUGACAGAAGAAGAUUUGGAGAAUGAGUCGCUCCUGAAAGACAAUGUCAAGAUUCGGGAAGCUAACGAGAUGCCACCGCUGUUUGCCCGGCUACAAGAGCUGAGGUCACCAAAGCUCGACUAUGUUGGUGUUUCGUAUGGUCUUACGUCUCAACUUCACAAGUUCUGGAAACGCGCGUCCUUCGUCCCGGUUUACCUCAGGCAAACACCGAAUGAUCUCACCGGAGAACAUACGUGCAUUAUGCUGCGUUCGUUAGAGACCACUUCGUCAGACGGAAGCUGGGUUGCUGCUUUCGCUAAGGACUUCCAGAAGCGCUUCCUCUCCCUUCUGUCAUACCAAUUCCGGUCAUUCCCCUCCAUCACCUCUCUUUCAAUAGAAGAGUCCGCAUCAGCGGGAUCUAAACUAGAUGCCGACCUCGCCGCGAAACCCGUUAGCAAAGCCGAAUUGGACGCUCUCUUUACGCCUUUCGACCUCAAGCGUCUAGACUCGUACGCGAAUAACAUGCUUGACUACCACGUCAUUCUAGACAUGUUGCCUCCCAUCGCCACUCUCUUCUUCACUGGCCGUCUCAAGGGCCAAGUCAAACUUAGCGGUGUUCAGACUGCACUACUUCUUGCCAUUGGACUGCAACGCAAAGAGUUCUCCGAUGUGGAAAAGGAACUCAACCUUAACUCUAGCCAGCUGAUGGCCAUGUUCGUCAAGAUUGUACGAAAGGCCGCCACAGCGUUCCGCGGUAUAGUAGAGGGCGCCGUUGAGGAGACUAUGCCCGACGCUAUGGAGGUAGAAGAGAAUGGCGGUGAUGGCGAAGCUGCCAACGACGCCCACCGCUUCAUGCCCCUUGAGAAGGAUUUACAGGAGGAGCUUAGGGAAGGUGGGGAUGAGUUCCUGGCCGAGGAUAAGGAAAGACAAAGGAGCAUGAUUGAUGCUUUGCCUCUGCACAAAUACGAAAUUGGUGCAGGAGCUGCUGACUGGGAAGAAGCCGAACGCGCUAUCCAAAACGCGGCCAAGAAAGGCGGCGCAGGUAGCAUGACUGUCGCUGUCAAGACAGGCGAAAAGAAGAGGAAAGUCGGCGAGGCGGUUGAGGAGGCGUACAAGGAGGCUGAGAAGUUCAAAGAAGGUGCUGCCAAGAAGAGUAAGAAGCACAAGUCUGGCAAGAAGGCUUGA